AUGACGACAGCAGCAUUCAGAUACAUCGACCGAGCUUCCUACGACCCUGAUGCCACAGAGCCAUUCAAAAAGCCAUGGGGCAAAGUCGACGGACCAGGUCGGUCCUACCAACUCACAGAACUGGAACGAAAAGUCGAGGACCUCCGAGGCCAAGAAUCGAACUUCACAACAGACAAUUCCGGUUUCGCCUUAUACAAGUCACCCGCAAAGGAGACCGCAUUCACCGACGAUGCUGAAGUGCGAGCGGGUUACUACCCAGAAGUAGAAGACCUGCUGCGCAAGAAACUGCCCGGGGUGAAAAAAGUAGCGAUCUUCGACCAUACCAUCCGGCGCCGGGUGCCGGGCUCGGCGCGUAGUCCUGUGCAGCUGGUGCACGUGGACCAAACGCCCAAAGCUGCCGAGGCGAGAGUACGUCGCCACCUGCCAGAGGAUGAAGUAGAGGAGCUGUUGAAGGGUCGAUACCAGAUUAUCAAUGUCUGGCGUCCGAUUGAAAAUCCAGCUUCUGAUUUCCCGUUGGCGCUGAUCGAUUGGAGAAGCAUUGCUCCUUCUGAUUUUGUCAAAGUUGAUCUUCUUUAUCCGAAGGAGUGGCAGGAGCAUGGAGAGGUAGCGCCUGAUUCUGAGUCAUUUUUCUCUACGGAUGGGUAUGAGGUCAAGGGAGAGACUUAUGCUAUCGCUCCUAAUCAGGAACAUCGUUUCUUUUACGCCAAAGAUAUGACACCCGAGGAAGUCAUGUUCAUCAAGUGUUUCGAUUCGAGAAGCCACACUAUGACUGGGGGCAAGACGGAUAUUGCUCAUGGGUCCGGACAUACUGCAUUUAUUGACCCGCAGACUCCUGCUGGAUCGCCCGGGAGGCAGAGCAUUGAAGUUCGAUGUCUAGUUUUCUACGAAUAA